GGCAUCGGUGUAUUAAUUGGGGCAGUGAUAAUUGGUACUCGAAUUGGAACGUCCGAUGACGGAGAAGUGAUGUGAUAAAUAAUUGUAAAUAAUGGAUAAAGAAAAUUUAUUUUAUAUAACAUUUGUCUUCUUCACACUCAUUCUACAAGUAUCAACCACGGCGACAUGUGUUGUCAAAGAUCGGGUUGACUGUCGGUAUACCGUCAUCUGUGAAAAUAAUGCUGGAAACGCAUUCACCCCUGAAUGUAACUACAGCCCAUACGUCACAUUUAUCAUCACCAAGUCUACUGCAGACCCACUCUAUACUGGUUUCUUUGGUUCAACCAAUUUUGAUUCCCGCGUCCGUGUCAUAAAAGCAAUAGAUAACAACUGGCCAACACUAGACACCAACGUCUUUAAGUACUACGUUAAAACAAUUGUCAUGGACUUAUCAAACAAUAACAUUAAAACUAUUAGAGAUGACGUUUUCAGACCGUUAACUGCUUUAGAAAAUUUGAACUUGUCUUCAAAUUCCAUAGAAACUUUGAACUCAAGAAGUUUUUACAUCGUUGACUCAAAAAAACCAUCGCUUAAAGUUUUAGAUUUGUCAAAUAAUAAGAUAGCGGAGCUGUCUAGUGAUUUAUUCUCGUACAUACAAAACUUGAAAGAACUGUAUCUAGUGAACAACGAAAUAAAAAGCUUGCAAGAUGAUGCCUUUCAGAGCCUUAGUGGCCUGACUCAUUUGUACUUACAGAAUAAUCAAAUAACUAGACUCAAUGAGACUUUGGCAUCCUUGAGAUCGUUGGUAAAAUUAGAUUUGUCUUAUAAUUCUUUGACUUCGAUAUACGGCAACGAAAUGAAUCGGUUAACUAGUUUAGAAUACUUUAAUGCUUCACACAAUGUUAUCGAAUACAUACAAUCAAACUGUUUGAGUCAAGCGUUUAACCUACAGACUGUGGAUUUAAGUCAUAAUAAACUUCAGUCAAACAUAGAAAACGUCAUGUUCGUAACUAAUAACAAACUUGAAUAUUUGAACUUGUAUCAUAACAUGAUUACGCAAAUCCAAGACAAUGCAUUCAAAAAUAAUAUCCUCACUUAUUUGAACCUUGAGAAAAAUAAUUUGACCGGUGAACUGAAUAAGAAUAUUUUAAGUGGCUUACACAGAAUAGUAAGCUUGGAUCUUUCCAAUCAAAGUAUCAGUGCACUUAAAAACAACGCCUUUUCCGAUGCUGUCAGUUUAAUAUACUUGAAUCUAAGUAGAAACAACAUCAAUUUAGUUGAUAAUACUAGUUUUGAAAAAAUAUACAAACUGCAAAUUUUGGACUUUUCUUACAACAAUAUUUCGAAUAUAGACUUUCUUACUAAAUGUUUGUUUAAUCUCACUGAACUGUAUCUUACAAACAAUAACUUAACGACGAUAAAAUCGUACGCAUUUGCUAAUCAAACCUAUUUGGUGAAGUUAGACUUGUCAAUGAACAAAAUUGUCAUCAUAGAGCCUUACUCCUUGCCCUUGACAAAUUUACAAUAUUUGAAUGUUAGUGAAAAUCCUGUAACCGGCGUAAUGAAAAGCAAUAUUUACAGUCCUGCAAAGUUUAUAAGGUUUUUAGAUCUCACUUAUUUCAAUAUUUCUGAAAUAGGCGCGUUAUCCUUGAUUGACCUUCCGGUUCUAGCUAGAUUGAAUAUAUCUCACAACAAUAUAAAAUGUAUUGACCCAAAUAACUUCAGAGGAGUGGGUAAUAUGUACAGUCUAGACAUUUCGUUUAAUUUGCUGUCUAGUUUUCAGUUAAAUAACGUUACGUUGAGUAAUUUAAAAGCGUUUUACUUGAAUAACAAUAGAUUGGCAGACAUUACAAACACUCUUAUUAAUAUGCCAAACCUUUUGUACCUGGAUCUGUCGUAUAAUUUUAUUGUAGAGUUGAUCAGUGUACCCUUUUCGGGGCUGCUAAAUUUGAAAGUUAUUCAUAUUUCACAUAAUAAAAUAUCUGAAUUCAAUAAUCCCCAAACGAAUUCAAUGACAAAAUUGACUGUAUUGGACCUAUCAAACAAUCAACUGGUUUCAGUAAACUUGAGUUAUUUCAGAGACCUAGUUGUAGUGGAUGUGAGUAACAAUAGGUUUACCUCAAUUAACUUCACCUUUUUUGAGAAUCUUGACUAUUUACAAGUACUAGACAUGAGUAAUACAAGUAUAUCGGAGAUCGCUCCUGGCACGUUCAAGAACGUAAAGAUUUUAAAGCUUUUGAACAUGUCUCAUAAUCAUUUGACAAAUCUCCGUUAUGGCAGUUUGCGAGGUCUCCACAAAACUGAAGACCUAGAUUUAUCGUACAAUAAAAUUGCUGAUGUUGAUGUAGAUGUUUUUCACGAAUGCACUGAACUUAGAAUAUUAACAAUUGACUACAAUAAUUUAUCAUCAUUGGAUGUUGAAAGAUUGAUAAAUACUUUACCCAAAUUGAAAACACUGAGCUUGGGGGGCAACCCAAUUUCUUGUAAAGAAAUAGUGAGAAAUAUGAAAACAUUUAAUAAGAAUAAUAUGUUAAGACAAGUUGAGGUUACGUCUGUAAAUAAAGUUUACCAUGAUGAUAACGUACAUGGAAUUAAAUGUGGGAAUAAAAAUUAUACAAUUGAUACAACAAAUCAAUCUGGCAACAAUUCACAGGAUAAUUUUACAUAUAGUCACACUACAUCUCAUAUUCUGCUGGUAUGGUGUACUAUAUUAACUACAGUUGUUAUUAUUGUAGUUGGAGUUUACUUUUAUAGACAACGAUCAAAACCUUUUUAUGGUACUAGAGACUCGAGAGUGCCACUUGGAGCCUCUUUAGAUUUUUCAUUACAUUCAGAAAAUCAAAGCGAUUUAUUGGGAUAACGUCGAUGGUUUUCUACAAUGGUGGCCUGUCUCAAAAACUCCUAACUUAACACCAAGCUGGAUAAACAAAUUGAGAUAUUUCUGACGCCCUAAAGCUACGGAAUCCUAUACCGCCUAAUGUUUUAAUUGAAUAAUUUAAACAAUGGAAAAAGUAGCUGUAUAAUAAGUCAAAAAUAAACAAUUUUGGUUUGGGUUUCUAUUUUUGGUAAGCAGCGAUAUCUCAUUACGUCCUUAAUUAAGUAGAUUUAUAUAAAAUGUAAAUGUUGGCAUUAACGUACAUUUAAGUGUCCUCAAAACAUUGUUAACAUCAAAAAGUUAAAUGUACUUAGUAGUAGAUUAGUUUGUUUAAAAUAAACAAUGGUUUUUUGGAUUGUAUUUAAAAGUAUUCUU